CUUUAAGUAAACUGACAUUUUGACAGUUAAAAAUAACUUGGUGGUUUUGUAAUUAAAUGUUUUUACAAAAAAACACCUCAAAUUGGAAAUAACUUAAUUCAUUUAUUUUAAAAGAUUUUAUACAAAAUGAUCCGAAGUCAUUUUUUUCAUCGAACUAAAACGUGCCUUCAUUACAUCCAAAGAAGUAUUUCCCAGCGAAAUUUAUUGGCUCUAGCUGAUAGAGGAUUUUUUCAGGAUCUCUUUCCAGACACCGCUGGUCCGGAAAUGACAAAACUCUUCACAACUAAACAACAAACGAUCUACGCCGGCUUUGAUCCAACUGCCGAUAGUCUGCACGUUGGCAACCUCCUGGUAAUAAUGGGACUCCUUCAUUGCCAGCGAGAAGGACACAAUCCAAUUGCGUUAGUUGGAGGAGCUACGGGUCUCAUCGGUGAUCCUAGUGGCAAAAAAACCGAACGGAAUCAACUAGGGUCGUCGGUCAUUGAGACAAAUCUAAUUGCUAUAGAGAAACAGCUUAAGCGAAUAUUUCAGAAUCAUCAGGAUGUACUUUGGGACACUAAUAAAAACAAAAGUGACCUAUCUCCUAUUAGAGUCGUCAACAAUGCAUCAUGGUACGAAAAUCUAAAUGUAGUGGACUUUGUUGCCAACAUGGGAAGACACUUUCGCAUGGGAUCAAUGCUCUCAAGAUCAUCAGUCCAGUCGCGGCUGGAGAGUGAAGCUGGAAUGAGCUUUACCGAAUUUACAUAUCAAAUUUUCCAAGCUUAUGACUGGUUGCAUUUGCUUCAGAAAUACGAUUGCAGCUUCCAAAUGGGAGGCAGUGAUCAAAUGGGCAACUUGAUGACUGGUCACGAACUCAUUAGUAGGGUAGAGAAAAAGAAAUCAGUAUUUGGAAUGACACUGCCUCUUGUUACCAACGAAGAGGGAGAUAAGUUCGGAAAAUCUGCAGGAAAUGCUAUUUGGCUGGAUGAAGAAAAAACUUCGCCAUUUUCUCUCUAUCAGUUCUUUUUGAGAAUGCCAGAUUCUGAAGUCGAGAAGCUUCUCAAGCUGUUCACUUUUAUUCCACUAAAAGAAAUUGCAUUUCUCAUGGAAGAACACAAAAAAUCACCAGAAAAGAGAAAAGCACAAACGAUUCUAGCUGAAGAUGUGACGCUUCUAGUCCAUGGAGAGGCGGGUCUUAAACAAGCUGAAAAAGUCACAGAAGCGCUCUAUAAGGGCAAUGUUGAGGGACUAGGUGAAUUAAAUUACAACGAAAUCCGACAGACUUUUUCUGGAGCUUCCGUCGUUGAGAUUCUUUCAGAGCCUGGACUUUCCAUACUUGAUCUGGCACUAAAAGCCAAAUGUUUUACAACAGAGACUGAUGCCAUGAGAAUCAUCACAGCUGGAGGGUUCUACAUCAAUCAAAAGCGAACGCAAAACUUCUCCGAAGUUAUUACGAAUGGCAUUCAUGUUCUUAAAAAUGGCCUCUCAUUGCUUAGGGUCGGAAAAAGGAAUUUUUAUAUUGUUAAGUGGUUAAAGUAAACAAAAUGCUUUCAGAUGCUGUGUUAGAGAUUCAAUAAAUUUGUUAUGUUGUUUUCGAA